AUGGUGAAGAUCAGCUUCCAGCCCGCGGUGGCCGGUAUCAAGGGCGACAAGGCCGACAAGGCUUCGGCCUCGGCCUCGGCCUCGGCCCCGGCGCCCGCCCCAGCCACUGAGAUCCUGCUGACGCCGGCUCGGGAGGAGCGGCCCCCCUACCACCGCCACAAGAAGGGGAGCUCUGUGGGCGGCUUGUGCUACCUGUCGACGGGCAUGGCCGUGCUACUCACGGGCCUGGUGUUCGCCUCUGUCUACAUCUACAGAUACUUCUUCCUUGCUCAGCUGGCCCGAGACAACUUCCACUGCGGCGUCCUCUACGAGGACUCCCUGACCUCGCAGGUCCGCGCCCGCGUGGAGCUGGAGGAGGACGUAAAGAUCUACCUCGAGGAGAACUACGAGCGCAUCAACGUGCCGGUGCCCCAGUUUGGGGGCGGUGACCCUGCAGACAUCAUCCACGACUUCCAGCGGGGUCUCACUGCCUAUCACGACAUCUCCCUGGACAAGUGCUAUGUCAUUGAGCUCAACACCACCAUCGUGCUGCCCCCUCGCAACUUCUGGGAGCUCCUCAUGAAUGUGAAGAGGGGGACCUACCUCCCGCAGACGUACAUCAUCCAGGAGGAGAUGGUGGUCACGGAGCAUGUCAGUGACAAGGAGGCCCUGGGCUCCUUCAUCCACCACCUGUGCAGCGGGAAGGACACCUACCGGCUGCGGCGCAGGGCCACCCGGAGGCGAAUCAACAAGCGAGGGGCCAAGAACUGCAACGCCAUCCGCCACUUCGAGAACACCUUCGUGGUCGAGACGCUCAUCUGCGGGGGGGCGUGA